CUUACUUUACAAGCAGAACUCGCUGCUCGCUGCACACGAGGUUCUAUUCAAUACGAAACCCCGCCUAGAAUACGACCGGAGAAGCGAAAGAAAGCGGUGCAGAAAUCUAGUCGCUUUGAAUCCGGCUUGACGCGGACCCCGCAAACACCCCGCGCUGGAACACAGCUUAGGCGCGCUUGCUAGUAAAGCACGGUGGAUUUUGCACACAACUGACCGGGUGCUGCAUACAGGCAGUUUGCGUACUCACUGUAAAAGCCGGACGCGCAGGCCAAAGACUUCGUCUAUUGAUGUUGAGUUACCACAGAUACAUACUAGAUUUUAUGGACAUCUGCAGCGGGCUGUAACAUCCUGAAACAAGAAAUUAUGGGUUUAAGCUCGGCGCCGCCUAGGGAAUGCACGCGCAAUAAUUAGUCUUUGCCUUGCAAGCUGAUGGUCAAGUGCUAUACCCUGGAACCAUGGCGCGGCGGGGCCCGAAUGCAGACGCUGGGCAAGGUCAUACGAGUCUACCCAAGCACCGUCAUCGCGCCGCUUCUGGUCACCGCCUGCAUGCUGGGACUGGGCCUAUCUGGCAUGCAGCUGGCAAGCAACUUUUAUGCCAAAAGCUCACAGGUGGAGGCAACCGAGGUGGCCGUGGUCGCGGCGGCGGCGCUGCAGCAGCGGGUGGCGGCGGCACUGGCGCCGCUGCAGCUGCUGUCGGCGGUGGCGCAGGUGGCCCCGCAAUACGAGGCGGCGGCAGCGUGGUUCGGCCUGUUGGUGCCAGUACUGGCGGCGCAGUUGCCACGCCCCCAGCUGCCCGAGGGCUCCCUCCGGCAGCUGCUGCUGGCGCCCGCGGGCGUCGUGCGCCAGGCGCACACACCGGCAGCAGCCACACCGGCUGCCGCCACUCCCGGUGCCGCUGGUGCUGAUGCGAACACAAGUACUGGUGGCGGCAGCAGCAGUGACACGCCCACCCCGGCAGGCGGGUGGCCCGUUGGCACAGACCUACUCAAUGGCUCGGUGCUGGGCGCAUCCCAGCGCCACUGCGGUGCCCUGGCGGCCGUGGCGGCGCGCAACCAGACCGUCAGCAGCACAUGUGACCUGCCUGUAACAAGUGCCGGCGUGGGCGGGGCUACUGCUUUGACAGCCUAUCACGCCGUCUUUGUUCCCCAGCAGCGCAUUAGCGCCAGCGGCAACAGCAGCAGCAGUAGCAGCAGCUCCAUGUCGGCUGCAGCUGCAGUAGCUGCAGCGGCUGCGGCGGCCUGGGGCCGGCCGGACGCAGUGAACACGGCAUGUGGAGCGCCGUGCCAAGAUGAUGUGGACACUGGGCUGCAAUUUUGGGGCGUGGUGGGGGCGGUCCUCGACAUCCCGCUGCUGCUGGCGCGGGUACCCGGCUCGCCACUUGCAGCUGUCACGGAUUCCGGCUACAGCUACCGACUGGAGGAUGAUGCCAACACCGUGAUCGCCUCAGCGGGCGGCAGCGGCACAGCAUUCACCACGGCAUCUGUGACGGUGUCGGCGCCGGUCACACUUCCCGGCGGCAGUGGUCCGGGCUGGACGCUGUACGUGGCGCCGGCAGGUGGCGGCGGCUGGGGCCCCGCCUGGCGCGGCGGCUACACGGCGGCGGUGGUGCUGGUGGCAGUGGGCCUCGGCCUGAUGGUGUUCCUGCUGCUGGUGGCCAGGCGCAAGCAAGAGCUCAUUCUCCGGGCGCUGCUGCCCAAAGAGAUCCUGCACGACUUGUCGGCCGCCAACUCGGUCACCAGCCUGGGGCGCGCGACACUCGGCGGUGACACGCCUGCGGCCCUCAUCCUGGGCUUGAUCCAGGGCCUGGUCACGGGCCAGCGCCUGCCCGACCUGCGGCACGUGCUCCUCAUCCGCACCGCACUGCUGCGCGGCGUGGACGUCUACCAGCCGCUGGACCUGCGAAACCGCAUCAAGGACUCGGGCCUGGCCGCCGACGUGACUCAGGCGCUGCUGCGCCAGCUGGGUGCCUUCCCCGGGGCCGGCGGCAUCAUGGACGGCAGCAGCGGCGCACUGGUCGGCGGCGCCGGCGGCCCAGGACCCGGCGGCGGCGGCGGCGCCGCCGCGUCACAGCCGCAGUAUUACUACCUACCGCAUGUGGCUAGCAGCAACGGCCGCGUGGGUGGCGGCGGUUUCAUGCUCGCAACCGGCGGGUCCACGGCACCCGACACGUAUGUGGCCGCCGCCUACGCCAGUGGGGGCGGUGCUGUUGGGGACGGGUCCUUUGGCGACGUCAGUCGUUUCGGCGGCUGGCCAUCAGGCGGCGGCGGACCCAACCGCCGCCCCCCGCGACGGGGCUCCUCUAAAGCGUUGUUUGCACAGGCGGCGGGAACAGCUGCAUCAGCAGGCGCAGCAGCGGCGGCCGCGGCGCCGCCGCCGGACCUUGACACGCUGACUGGCGCGCUGACGUUCUUGCUCACGCCGCCGCCGCCGCAGCCGCUGCCGCCCCCGCCGCCGGCAAUGCUGGCGCCCGCAGGACCGGCGCCUGCGUCGGCGAACCUCUUCUCAGCUCUUCCGGCAGGACUCGGCGGAGCCCCUGCCGCCGUGGAUAGCCCGGGCACCAUGACGGCCGCCGGCGGGGUCACGGCUGUCGCCAGCGCCAAUCACCGCAGAGGUGCUAGUACUGCUGGGGUCAUUGGCUGCGGGUCCGGCAACUUUUCGGCCUUCAGAGAGUCGUUUGGUGGCGGCCCCACCGUCGCCUCGCGCCUUGGUGCUCCUGCGGCGGACGCCGGAUCCUUUGGAAGCGUGAGCCUGGGCGGCGGAGGGCCGCUGCUGUGCGUCAGGGGCAAUCAUGCCAGCAGCAUUGGCAGCACCGCCGCCAUGGCGGCCACGUUUGGCAACAAUUCGGCCUUCUAUUGGAGCGGCGCCGCCACGCCUCGCGCAUCCGUCGACGCCACCGGUGCAUCCUCGCCCCUACCUUCCAGUCUUGGCCCCAUGCCGUCCAAGCUGCGGGCAUCACAAUGGCUCAGCGGCACCUGCGGCGCCGGCAACUCACCAUCGGCUGCAGCUGCCACGGCUGCAGCAGGCGCCUUGCCCGCCUCUUCUGCUACUGCCCAGCCGUUCCAACGGGCUGCUACAGCCACCGGCAUGCCAACGGCUGGCAGCAACGUCGCAACUGACAUCGCCACGACCCUGACUACUGCCGCAGCCUCGCCGGUUCCCAGCCUGCUCCUGAGCGCUGCCGCAUUGCCGUCUGAUCCUACCUCCAACACCACCACAGUCGACGGCGGCGGUGGCACUGGUGGCGGAUAUGAGUUCGGCGGUGGCCGCGGCAGCUGCGACAUGCCAGCCACCACAGCCGCCGUCGCUGCUCCUGCAGCUGUGGCUGGGGUAGGCGCGGUUGCUGACGGGGAUGUGCUGAUUGACAUGCUGGCCCUGGCGGCUGGUGGCAGCUGUGGGGUAGCCGCCGGCGCUGCCAGCGGCGGCGGCGCGACAAGUGGCGGCAUCUUGGUGGGCUCGCCUCCAGGCACGGGCAGUGUCAACUUGGAUAACGCUUUCAUCAGCGCCUUCAGCACCACUGCCGCACUCAGCGGCGGCGCAGGCGGCGGCGGCGGCGGCGGUGGCGGCGGCGCACCAGCAGCCCUCAGCCCCGGCGGCGCAGGCGGCUCCGUUGGCGUGAUGGCUGGAGCCGCUGCGGCCAGCAGCGGGACCGGCGGGCUGGGCGGUUUUGUGGGCCUGACCAUUGGCGACCGGCCGCUGGUGCGGCGCCCGCCGACCGCCUCGCCGAGCGGCGGCCUUGGGAGCUUCGGCAGUCGCUCGCUGACACCGGUGCUCCGGCAGUUCAGGGAGCUCCGCCGCCGCGCCUCGUCACGCUUCCUUGACGGACCCUCUGGCGGGGUCGGCAGCGCCGCCGCCGCUUCAGCAUUGUCGACGGCGACGGCGGCGGCGACCGCCGCCGCCCUGGCGUCGAGCAGCGCCGGCGGCAGCAACACUCCCUUCGGCCAUCUCCAGGCGAUGCACUCUCAUAGUGAGGCCCUAGGAACGGUGGCACCGGCGAGCGCCGCGCAGGUGCAGUUGGCCCCGUUCCUGUCGCACCAGCUGUCGCCGUACCAGACGGUGGGGCCACGGCAGCUGGAAAGCCUCGUUGAGGACGGUUGCAUGGCCAGUGGCGACGCCGCGCGUCUUGCGGGUUCUGCCGCUGCAGUUUCGGCAGCGGCGGCGGCGGCGGCGGUGGCGGCGCCGUGCGAUGGCGGCGGCCGCCGCAACAGCCUGGCGUCGCGCGUGACGCCGCUGUCGUCGCCGCUUUCAAUGACGGCGCCGUCAGCAGUAGCCUACACACCGCUAGACACGAGGUGCAUCCACCGCAGCGCCGCCACUCCGGCCUCCUCCAGCAUCACCAGCGCUGUGCUUAGUAGCGGCGUGCUGCCGGUUUCUGCUUCUACGCCAGGACCCACACACGCGCCCUCGCCCUCACAUGGGCCCUUGCCGCACCUGCCACCCCUCGCCGUCGCCUCCCGCAGCCUGCUCUACCAGCCGCCCAGCCAGCAGGUUUCAUCAUCACGGCUGCCCAGCAGUCAGCCCCAAACGCCGCUGUCUCCCACGCGCCAGCUGACUUCGCCGCCGCCGGCCCAAGGCGCCCUGUCGGCGGCGGCGGAGCUGCUGCUCACGUCGUGUACUGGCGGCGGCAGCCGCCGGCACGGUGGUGGUGGAGGCGGCGACUGUGGCGGCGGCAUGGCAGCGCCGCCGUCCCCACCGCCACUGCUGGAUGCCUCCGCCCUCGCUGGCCUCGUGGUACUGCCAGCAGCAGCUUCUGUUGACAUGGCGGUUGAAGUUGGGGCCCCGGCGGCAGGAGGAGGCGUGGCCUGGGCUCCGGCUUCCGCUGUGCCCCGCGUGCGCGCGUCCGUCGAUAUGGGAGUGGCGGCGGCGGCCCUCGCCUCAUCACCGUGGGCUUCGGGUGCCCUGCUGCCGUCGGGAGCCCUGGAGCGUGCCUGCCUGCUGUCGCGCCAGCUGCAGCCCCCGCCACAGCUGCGGCUGACGCAACUGCAGCAACAACAGCAACAACAACAGCAGCCACCGCAGCAGCAGCAGCAGCAGCCACCGCCUCCGCAGCCGCCGCCUCCACCUGUGAUUGAGGAGGUGGAGCGGCUGCUGGCGGGUGCGGACGCGUGGCAGUUUGACACGUGGCGGCUGGCGGAGGCGACCAGCGGGCACGCGCUGUCGUGCCUGGGGUUCUACCUGCUGCAGCGGGAGGGGCUGAUCGCCCACUUCCGCAUCCGCCCGCACCGCCUGGCUAGGCUUUUGCGCGCCCUUGAAGACGGGUACCGGGCUGACAACCCCUACCACAGCGCCACGCACGCGGCCGACGUGCUGCAGACGCUGCACGUGAUCAUCCACGGCGCGCAGCUGCACGUGCACUACCUGGACAAGCUGGGACUGCUGGCUGCAUAUGUUGCGGCGGUUGUUCACGACCACGGCCACCCCGGCCUCACCAACGACUUCCUCAUUGCCACACACGACCCGCUGGCGGUCCGCUACAACGACCGCUCGCCGCUGGAGAACCACCACGCCGCCUCCGCCUUUGAGCAGCUGCUGCAGCCGGGGCACGACAUCACCACAGGCAUGGAGCCUUCGGAUCGGGCGGCCUUCCGCAAACAGGUGAUCGACAUGGUCCUGGCCACGGACAUGAAGCAGCACUUCGCCAUCCUCUCCCAUUUCAACACUGUGCACCGACUCCAAGCCUACAAGCCCAACAGCGGCGGCGAAGGCGGCGGCGGCACCGGCGGCGGGCCUGCGGCAGCGACCGGCACCGGCGGAGGUGCUGCGGCACCGGCGACAGCAGAGCGGCCAACAGGCUUGCGCCGGGCCUUUACUGGGGAACUGAAGGACAAGGGUUCAUCUGCCGGCACGGCAUCUGGCGGCACGCUCUCGGGCGCAAAUGGCGUUGCUAGCGGCGGCAUCAGCGGCGCAUUCAGCGGCGCGCUAAGUGGCGCGGUCAGCCUGGCCGCCGGCUUUGUGAACAACAGCUCCAAGGGCUCUGUGGCGGCGGCCACUGCACUGCUGCAGGCGGACGCCGCGCCGCCCCGGCCCCUGGAUGACUCAGAGCGCAUGCUCACGAUGCAGCUCGCGCUCAAGGUUGCGGACAUAGGACACCUGGGUGAGGACCUGGAGGUCCACUGCAAGUGGCUGUCGGGCCUGGAGGAGGAGUUCUUCCGCCAGGGCGACAAGGAAAAAGAGUUGGGACUUCCAAUCAGCCCGCUCUUCGACCGCGCCAAGCAGGGCGUCAGCAAGAGUCAGGGUGGCUUUUUCGAGUUUGUGGCGCUGCCGCUGACGCACGCGCUCACCACCGCCUUCCCCAACGCGUCACCCAUUAUGGACUGCUUCGUCGCAAACUAUGAGCAUUGGAAGAAGGUUGAGGCCGCAACUGCGCAGCAGGCGGCGGGCGCAAAGGAGCAGCAGGUCACUCCCAAGGAGCGUGACGCCACCCAGCAGCAGCAGUAGCUUGCUUGGCCAGGAUGCACGAGUGCUGACGGGGUGUGGAAUGUCAGAGUGACACGAUCGAGUCUAGCAAGGGCCGUGCCCUUGAUGAUAAUAAGCGUCUACUUGAUGUCUCCUGUUUAGUUGAUGACUAAAUGAUGUGCCAAAAGGAAUGGUCCGAGUUGCUGCAAUUUUGUGGCGUGAGAGCCGCCUCACCCCGUUAGCGGACGUGCUUGGGUGCUGUGCCGCAGAAGGGUGAUAAGACGCGGGCAUACAUCUUCUGAAAGUAGUGGAGCUGGGGUGAACUUGUGAGAUGCCCUGAGGCUAUCUGGGCCGUGCUUGCUCGCACUGAAAAGGCGUGCGGCUGCACAAGGUAUCACAGCAGUGCAAGAAGUGUAUGCGGGGUUGCCGGGCAUAGGCACGGGCACGUGUCGAUGGGUUGCAACGUGCUACGGGGGAUGAUUUGGGGCGCAUGCUUUCCCGUAUGCAUAUGCGUGGUCUUCAUGCAAGAGAGUGUAGAUGUGUGCAUUAUGUGUGGGAACAGGGGUUGCAUGUGGGCUGUGUGCACGACGGGCGGGGAUGCACGCCGGGCUCCUUACACCUAUAUACCGUCUUGGCUGCGCGCCAUUUUGCCGCGUAUCCGGUUGUCGGCAGAGCUAGCGUCUUCAUACCACACCAAGGCACGACUUGACCAUGAUGGCGCAGGCCACACGAUCUCCGUGAGGCUGCGUGGACGAUGCAUGGCAUGCGGCGGGCCGUGUGGGGUUUACUAGCUGGGUUGAACCAGCUUAGUUUAAAUUGUACGGGACGGUUACUGGCUGCAACGUCAGUACGUCAUCGAGCACGAUGUGAGUGGGUGAUAAAAGGAAAGCGCGGCGGCCCUCACGGGCUGCAUCUUUUCGUGCUUUUUGCGUUGUCGUGUUUCAUCGUCGUGUCGUGUCGUGCGUGUGUGUUUCAUCGUUAAGCGCUGUCUCACGGCUAGCUGGGCUUUGGCACGGACGGCGUGCCCUUGUGCACUGCGCUUGUGAGGGGUUGUUGUGCUUGGUGCACACUUCUGGGCGGAGCAAAACACACCAAUGAAGAUUUCAUUGUUCCACCUAGUAAUAGACCCAGCGGUGCAUGCGCUGGGUCAGAUGCGUACGUAUUACAUUGCCUCGACACUUUGUGUUUGUCGAGCCUGCUUUUUGUCAUGAUGCACUGGCGCCUUACGGAGAAGCGUACUCCCCCGAAUGACUUAACAGCGCAAUGGAUGUCGUAAGACGAAGGGCGUUGUUAGGAUGUUAUCAGGGUAGGGUUGCAGGCCGUACGGCGUUAGUUGUUAGGUUUGGGUUUGGAAGCCGUGGGUGCACUGAUUGUAUGUGGGUAUGGGGGCGGCGGCACAAACGAAUGGUUGCCCGUGUGCAGUUGGUUCACACGCGGCCGGGCCUUGCAGGAUUGCUUUUUACGCUGGCGUGUGUUGUUGCUUGGAGGCGCGUGCUGUGCGCGUCUUCUACCAUGUCAUCAAGUAUGUCAUGCGCUUUGUCUGUUUGCAGUGGUGGUGCAGUCCUGUCAAGAGCCGGGGUAGACCUGAACCAUGCGCCGCAUCUCGAUGUGGUGUGGCAGGGUGUGGCGAGGGCAGAACUGAUCGCGGCUCAAGUUGCAUAUAUUGUUGCCGUGCCUCCAUAUUAUAGCGGGCACCGACGUUCCACUUUCAUUGAUUACUGAUGCCCCUUCUGGGGUCCAAUAGCCAGUAUGGAGUUGAGCCGAAAGCUCCAAACGUGCAGUGCGCCCGGAAAGAAGGGAACGAAGACCCCUAGGAACACAGUUGCUGUUCGUGGGUGCGGGCGGGCGGGCGGGCGAGCUUGUUGGUACGGCAACCAUCACUGAUGCGGUAAUGAGGUGUUCACGCUGUGUUGUUAUGCUUGGCCGCUGGCCAGCUGGCAUGUUUGGUCGAGUCGGGGGCCCGGCGGUGCCUGGCGGCUGCUUAGCCCCUGGCUGUAGCGGCCCUCUGGCGGAUGGGUGUGGCUGGGUGGGCUCUGUUGACUCGCUGUUCCCGGGGUAAGAACGCAACCUUACCUUACUUGCUGGUCACGGACAUCAAACGGCAGUCUAAAUGGUUUCGGCAGUCAGGCUUGUGCUGUAAGCGGGUGAUAUUGAAGCCCCCCAUGUUGAGCGUUCUAAUAAGGCAACCGUUCAAUAGGGGCCAGGGCAUGUGCGUGUCGGGCCCUGCGGCACGGAGCCCUGGAUCCCAAUGGUGCGACACUGGUUGAUGCUUUUGGCCCACAACUUCUGUAACCUACACCGUUU